AUGGAAGAACGCCGAGUCGCUUCGUUCAGCAUCGACGUCUUUGCCGACAAGGCCAACGCCAAAGACGUCGUCACUGCCAUUCUUCACACAAUCUUUUGGUAUCGCAUUUUUGCCAACCUCGAGCCCUCGUCGCACGAUGUGCUGGACAUCCCUAUACCCUGGAUCCAAGACGUCGACCUCCAAACUCUUGUCGAACAACGUGUCGACCAAUUCGUGCGUCAGGUCGACGCCGAUUCCAACGACCAGAACCAGAACACCCGCGGCCAGAUUGUCGUCCAGUUCAGCGAACGAGAACGCAAAAGGAGGAAAGGUUGGUUCGGAGGCAAAGAUGAGGACUUGAUCUGGGAGACGUGGACGCUGAACAUUGCCCUCGCCUCUCCACGCACGCAUCAAGAAGCAACUACCUCCCGGAGAGCCAUAGAAAGAUCCCUGAGCAACGCCGUCCUGAAAAUCACCGAUAUCGUCCAACAGAACAAAGACCACGUCCCGCCCAUCACCACUCAAGACACAAACACUUUCCCGUACCAUAUCCUUGUCAACCCUAAGAACGACGGCUGGGGCCAGCGUAUGGGCAUUUUCUAG